AUGAGGCGUGGGUUUUAUUUGGUUAACCCUGCAACCAGGGAGAUGAAGAAAGUACCAAAGACACCAUCAUGGAGACCUGUGAGGCCCUUUUGCUUGAGCUUAUGUGGAUUUGGAUUUGAUUCCUCCACCAAUGAGUACAAGGUGGUUAACGGGCAGGUCUAUUCUGAUAUCAAUGUAAUCGUAUUUAGUGUCUAUACACUGAAAACUGAUUCUUGGCGAAAGAUCGAGUGCUUCUCUCCCUACCAUGCUUAUUGGUUUCAGGGGAUUUUUCUGAAUGGAGCUAUUCAUUGGUCGGCAACGACAGUUGGAGAUCGAUCCUCUUCGGUGAUUGUAUCUUAUCUAUUAGCAGAGGAGGAGGUUCGCGAAAUUCGACUCCCACCCAUCGGUGAUACUUGUUUAGCAAACCUGGGAGUGUUUAGAGAUUGCCUAUGUAUAACGCUCGCUGGUAUUGAUCAAACAUUCAAUGAGUUUUGGGUCAUGAAAGAAUAUGGGGUGAGCGAGUCUUGGACUAGAAUGAGGGUCUCCAUGCCAUAUCACCAAUUGUCACAUUUUGGUUUCUCUACAAAAUCUCAUGAUUUGAUGGUGUGUGGAAGUUCAUUUGUUAUGUACGACUUCAAAGAAGAAAGUUUUAGGAACCUUCCAAUUCGUGAUACCACCUUAGGAGGUAAUGGUGUUGGGGUUUAUGUUGAGGGACUUUUUCCACUAAUCGAUCGAGAGCAGGACGAGAGCCGUAGAGUAGAUAAUCAAGUAUUGAUUAAGCUCAAGCAUGCAUAA